GAUCGUACUGUCUUCUCCAUCACGGUUAUGGGUGCCGAGAUUUACGUCGUGACCUCCCCUGAUGAUGUCCUCACCGUUUACAAAAACACUAACACGACGGUAUUCGACUACAAUGCUCAAAUUAAGGACAUCCUCGGCAUCUUCGGAUUCACUUCUCGGACAAUGAAUCUCCUAUUCGACGAAGAGAAGUUCGGUGGCAAAUCUUGGAUGGAUCUUUGUCACGAGAAAUUCAAGCUACAGAUGCACCCUGGCGAGAAGCUCGACGAACUCCAAGCCAACCUACUUUCAAAUCUGGACCAUUCCCUGACUUUCAAUUUACUUUCAGGUGAUAUGAUUCAACCUGGCUCUACCGAAAAGGAGAAAGUCGUGUCCUUGUAUGCUUGGUGUUCUGAGGUUCUCGUCGAUGCAGCAACCAAAGCAUUCUACGGAAAGGCUCUUUACGAAGUCGCUCCUAAUCUCCUACCUGAGUUCUUGAUCUUUGAUGACGAAGCAUGGAAACUGUACUCGAAAUACCCCGAAUUCGCUGCAAAGAAGAUGUUCAGGUACAAGGCUAAAGUUCAAUCCGCGUUUGAGAGAUAUGUCGACCUUCCAAAAGAACAAAGACAGGACGCUUCUUGGUUGAUAAAGAACAUCGAGGAGUCUCUGGUUGAACUUGAUGUCACUGAGACUUCCCAAUUAGCACCAAACCUCUUUCUACUUCACAGAUUACUCAACACCAAUGCCUACAAGCAAUGCUUCUGGUGUCUCGCCUACCUCUUACACGACCAGCAACUCCUCCAAGCCGUCAAAGCCGAGAUCCAACCAGCCUUCCAAGCCGAUGGCCAACUCAACCUAGACUACCUCCUCGACAACGGCCCACUAAUCAACUCUCUCUACGAAGAAAAUCUCCGUCUCUGCAAUGCCCCCAUCGGCGCCCGUCAAGUGAUGUCCAAAUUCGCCCUCGGCGGCAAGGUUCUUAAGACCGGCAACAUGCUCCUCAUGCCCUAUCGCCAGCUCCAUUUCAACGAGCAAGUAUUCGGCACCAACGCCACCGAAUUCGACGCAAAGCGCUUUUUGAAAGACAAAAACCUCUUGAGAAGCACGAGUUACCGUCCCUUUGGAGGCGGAUCGACGUAUUGUCCUGGUCGGUUCUUGGCGAAGAGGGAGGUGCUUAUGUUUGUGGCACUGGUGCUGUUCCGUUUCGACAUCAGUUUGGUGGGUAAGGAUGGUGAGAAGGCGAAGUUUCCGAGGAUGGAUGUUACAAUUCCGUUAGGUGGUGUGAUGGGGCCGGUUGUGGGUGAUGAUAUUAUCAUGGAGGUGAGACCGGUUAAGAGCUGA